AUGCUGCAUCGUUCCACCCGCAGUGCGUUGAGUGUCACGCGCCGCGGGUUCGCUACAAAGCCGGCCACCAACCUGCAAGACCGCCUAGUGGCUCUCUGUCGCCAUCGCGGCUUCGUCUUCCCCGGAUCGGAGCUCUACGGCGGUCUGGCCAACAGCUUCGACUAUGGGCCCCUUGGCGUCCUCAUGAAGAAGAACGUGAUCGACCGCUGGUGGUUCGAGUUCGUGCAGAAACGUCCCGACUGCGUGGGCCUCGACAGCGCCGUGCUGCUCAAUUCGGCGGUCUGGACGGCUUCCGGCCACGUUGAUAACUUCACAGACCCCAUGACUGUCUGCUCAAGCUGCAAUUCUCGAGUCCGCGUGGACCAACUGCUCGAAUCCAAGCUAAAGACUCAAGAAGAGGUCGACGCCGUCGCCACAUUGUCCCUCACUCAGAUGGACGAUCUGCUCAAAGAGCACGACGUCGCGUGCCCCAAUUGCGGCGAAACCCACAGCUUCCAUCCAGCUAAAACAUUCAAUCUGCUCUUCCGCACCAAUAUGGGAGCGACCGACGAGACGUGCGACUGGAUCUAUCUCCGCCCCGAGACGGCACAGGGCGCCUACAUCAACUUUGCCAACGUGCAGAGCACCAUGAGGAAGAAACUUCCCUUCGGUAUUGGCCAGGUAGGCAAGAGCUUCCGUAACGAGAUCUCACCUGGCCACUUCUUGUUCCGUACACGCGAGUUCGAGCAGCUUGAGCUGCAGUACUUCACGCACCCGAACGAGUCGGACGACUGGUAUCUCUACUGGGUGGACCAAUGUUACGAGUUCUUGACCAAGUACGGCAUCAAACCAGAGAACCUGCGAAAGCACGAACAUGCACCUGAGGAACUGGCACACUAUGCACGGGCUACAACGGACAUUCAGUUCAAGUAUCCCUUCGGUUGGAGUGAGCUGUGGGGCAUUGCCAACCGCACGAGCUACGACCUGAAGAAGCACAUGGAUGCAAGUGGAAAGAGCCUCAAAUACCAGGAUCUUGUGGCCAAGGAAGAGUUCCUACCGCAUGUCAUUGAACCUGCUCUUGGUGCUGGACGUGUCAUGCUCUCUAUGCUGCUGGAUGCUUACGAUGAAGAAGAAGUUAACGGCCGCCAACGCACCGUGCUGCGUCUGCACCCGGACAUCGCGCCGUACCGUUUUGCGGUGCUGCCGCUGUCCAAGAAGGAGCCACUGUUGGAUGUGGCGCAGAAGCUGUUCGAGGACUUGUGUGCAAGUGCUAGUGUCGACUACGAUGUGACUGGCAGCAUUGGUCGCCGUUACCGUCGCCAGGACGAGAUCGGUACACCCAUGUGCUUGACUGUGGACUUCGAUACUCUGGAGGACAAGUGCGUGACAGUUCGAGACCGCGACAGCAUGGAGCAGAAGCGCGUGCCUAUUGAGCAGAUCCUACAAGGCACGUCAGUUAAGCGCUCGAGCUUCUCUUCCUUCUAA